AAGUCCAACUUAAAGUUAAUUAAAUUCGACUUACUUUGGGCUAAAGAUACGAGUGCAACGAUCUGCCUUGACCGCCGCACCCGAUCAGAGGAAAGCUCAAACAUCAAGCGUCAACUUUGUUUUGUCGGUAAGGAGGGAAGAGUACAUAUCGACCAAAUAGUUACUGUAAAGUGUAAACAGUGUUCAUUUGGAAUUCUUACAAGUUACAAAAGGUGGUUGAUUGGAAUUAAAGCCUCAGAUUUGCUGUUUGGACAAGCUAGAAUUGCAAUGCAGAAGUUGCCAUAUACAUGUAGUAUCAGUGCUUUUAGUGAUUACACAAGUAGAUGAUAAGCCUGGACACACUUAUCAUCAAGGCAUCCUUGUGAUCAACCAAUACCUGCACGACCACCGCACCAGUUCUGUGUGGUUACACAUACACAUAACAGAACAUUGUAUACCAGCAACUGAUAUUGGGCUCCAUCUGUUACUCGCCAGAUUUGGCUGAACAUAGUUUACGUACAAGAUAUCAUAAUACAAAUGACAGACUGUUUUGCAAGUAAUAUCAGGAGCGGCUAGCUACGAUGAAAGGAAGCCAUUGCCUUGCAGCAUUUGUAGUUUAUUGAAAAUGUUCCACGCCACCCUUGGAUGUUCUAUCCAUAUCUGUACAUAGCUUCAAUUAUCUGGAUUGAAAGCAACAUGAUUUUUCAUUGUUAGAAGUGUGUGAAGAUCAGUAAAGAAAUUUUAUUCUGCAUGCUGUUCGGCAUCAGUCCCCUGGGAUCAAUUGAGACAAUAGCCCUUUCUGCGGACACUGAAUUAAGUAAGAUUUGAAUAUUUUGAUAGAAUAGCAUUGCUGAGAAGCAAUCCACUUGUGCAAGGACAAUGAAUGGACUUCGACUCUUCAUCCUUACGCUUCUGCUCUUCAUCUACCUCCUCCUCGGCGCUGUCGUGUUCCACUUUCUGGAACAAGAGAAUGAAGACAGCGUUCGGUUGGACCUUGUGUCCAUCCGUGAUCAGUUACUCGCUGACUAUCCCUGCCUGACGGAGGAUACACUGCGGAACUUCACCCUGGGCUUGAUCAAGGCUAGGAACAGCGGAGUCACCUUGGAAGGCAACAAGACCAGUCCUUCAAAUUGGGACUUCAGUAGCUCUUUCUUCUUCUCAGGGACUGUAGUCACCACCAUUGGUUAUGGCGCUAUUGCUCCCCGGACAUACGGUGGCCAACUAUACUGCAUGGUGUAUGCAGCCUUGGGGAUACCUUAUACUGCCUGGAUAUUGGCCAGUAUUGGUGCCUUCUACCAAAAGACCAUGGAAGGUUAUAUCGCAAGAGCGGACAAGGCUCUCAUGAUGUCAAUCUCUAGAAUCAGAAUAAGGAAAAUCUUUUUGGGCAUUGUUGUAGCUGCUGGCAGCUAUACCAUAUUCCUCAUCAUCCCAGCGGUAAUUUUUAUGUUUUUAGAACAUUGGACAUUUCAUAUCGCCCACUAUUACACAUUUAUUACGCUAACAACCAUUGGAUUUGGGGACUACAUAGCAACUGUAGAUGGCCCUAAUUUGGAACACUGGUUGUAUGAUUUUAUAGUGACGUUGUGGAACAUCCUAGGGCUUGCGUAUCUUGCUGUGAUUAUAAGUGUUAUAGGCAAAGGAGAGAUGAAAACUGAGGGCAGCAUACGGAAGUUUCAUGCAAAAGUGUUAAAAAGACAUAGAAAUUUGAAAACUGGAAAAAAAGAUGAAAAGGUAGCAAUGUCGUCUCUGGAAGAGGUCAAAUUCAAAAGAAAUGCAAAUGGAACUGCGCAAAACAAGGAUGAAAAUGAAAAUGGAGCGCUUUAUUCAUCCAGAAAUUCAGUGGUUGGUGAUGUUAUCUUGCCUUAUUUUGUUGAUCCAGAAUCAAUGAAACCUGGCUCACAGACUGAUGCUAACGAAGAUAGCAACGUGGACGACUCUGAAAUCUUUGAUGAGGUGGUUACGAUAGAUGGGCGGAUUGUAGAGGAUGAACGUACUAAUAACAUGUGCAUCAUGUUGGAGUGUGAAAAUGACUUUGACCUUGAGGCUGUAGAGAAAAUCAUUCAUGCUGCACUUGAAGAAACAGUUCCCACUCAAUUGGGUCUACCUCAUCACAGUUUUUCCUUAGAAAAUCAUGUCCGGCAUCCAAAGAAGUUGUGUACACAGGGUACCCAAACAGAGUAACAUUUAAAAGACUUUAAAAUCUACAACUGUCAUGUGUGUGAUGAUUAUAUAAUUGGACAUAUAUAUACGCCUGUAUGUAUCUAUGUGUGUAUGUAUGUAUAUAUGAACUGCACAAUUUCAUAUUUUAUUGUAUAAAGAUUUGAAGAAACAUGUAGGCGUACAGCAGUAUACAUGUGUACAUGUAGUCAUUGUACAUGUAGCUUCUACCCCAAAAUCAGUUUUUUAUUUUUUUUAUUUUAAUGUGAUGAUAGUGCUGUAUACACUACAGGGUACAAAUGUGGAAGUCCAAAGUGCCACUGAAAUAUUUAACCCCAAAAAUAUGCCUUCAUGAAAUUGUAUUGUUUAUAACCAUGAAUUAUAAUUAGCCAAAAUUGAAUUGUAUUCUUCAAUUCAUUAAAAAAAAGUUAUUUCUAUAUAUUUCUAACAGGAAGGCCUAUUUUCCCAAAUUUAUCAAGUACUAUUAUAUAUGUGAUUGCAGUAGCCGCAAUCCAGAACAAUUACAACAAUCUGUGAUAUUCAUUGCUGAUGGUCUCAUGGCGGUAUUCGUGUUUACCGAAAGGGCAUGAUUUUUCCCAUAUAUGCCUGGUUUUCAAUGUACAUGUACAUGUAUAAAGCGACGAGGAGACUCACUUGGUGUUUUAAGGAUUGUUAGUUAACAUGCUCCUUCAAGGCCUCAACAAUGUCUGUAUUGAGCAUGCUAAUAUCUAAAGAAAAUGGUAGAUUUUAGUUAUUUCACAUAAAAUAAUUGUGUUUUUUUGCCUUUUCAGAUAUGAUUCCACAGCCCUUAAAAUAAUGCUUUUACAUAGUUGAACUUUUAUAGGGCCAUAAACUUAGAUUUAAAAAAGAUCAACCAAUAUUUUGCAUCCCAAGAUGUUAACGGGCAAUCCAAUCCAACAAUCAAUAACGAUAAAUCAGAUUUUAGCAACUGUCCACAAAAAUGUCUUUUGUAUGAAAGCGGAAAAUGAGAGAAACAGAAUGGAAAAAGUUUGAAAUAAAUCAGACCAAUAAUAAGUAAGUGAUGAGUGUUUGUAAUACGAGAUCACUAAAUCUGUGUGAACUGCAAAUUUGUAAUUCUCAUUCAUCACAUAAAAAAGUAUAUUAAAAUCAAAGCUAAUUUUGAAGCCUUAUUACUUGCACCCCCCCCCCCCUCCUAUUCGGAAUGUACCAUUACAUGUACAACUGUAUGUCACAGGUAGUCAGAUAUGAGUCCUAUACAGUGUGUGUCCUUUUGCUUUUGAUUUAUCAACAUUCCAGUUUGUCAUCAUUUCAGAAUAUAUUUUUAAAUGCCCUAUUUGACCAUAGUAUUAAUAUUUAAAGAUGAUUACACAUAGAUCUACAUGUAUAUACUCUACCUUUAAAUGCCUAUAUGCUCUUAUUACAUAAAGGAACCUACAGUACAAUGUAUGAUGCAAGUCAUAUUGCAAGCCGAAGAAGAGUAACCCUUUCGAAUAGAAUAAAUGUCAAAGGAAA